AUGGCCAUUCCGCCCACCAUCACAAUCUCCUCGUCUCCACCAUCAGGUACUGCAGGAAAAGCAACUUCCUCCCAUCGCCUCCCCACCAGAUCCGCCGCCUCCGCCCUGCAAGAACUCGAGCGGAAAAAUGGCUCUGAGAUUUUCAUUUCCACGGGUUUGGAAUCGCUGGAUCGGGGUUUGACGGGGGGCAAUGAUGAUACGAGUCUUCAUUUGCAAACCACAUCGGGUUUGGAGAGGGGGAAAGUUGGUGAGAUUUGGGGGAGUCCGGGGGCUGGCAAGACUGCGAUUGCAUUUCAGACGGCUUGUGAGGCGAUUCGAGGUGAUGGGAAGGUGGUUUGGAUUGACUGCGCGACAUUGCUAAGUGCGUCGAAAUUGAAGCUUCUGCCCUCCUCCUCCGAUGAAGCCUCGGAAUCUGGCCUUCCCACGGACGACGAAGCUCUCUUCAAUAAAUUCCACUACCUCGCCAUGCCAACCCUCUCCCAUCUCCUCGCCAAAAUCACACACCCACCCCCAAACUUCCCUCCUCCAGGAACAUCCCUCUUAAUYCUCGACAACCUCAACACCCUCCUCGACCUAGAUUUCCCCCGUACAGGCUACACCAGCACGCGCUCCGAAGCCCAGAAAUGGGCUUCCAAUCGCCGCUACUCCAUCCUUGGCUCCCUCAUUGCCUCCCUCAAUAAACUCGCCGUCCUACACAAUCUCGCCGUCCUGGUAACUACAGGCUGCAAUUCCAAAAUGCGCCCUGAUAGUGGGGGAGCGGGAGCGGCGAUUGGGCCGGGAGUGGGAGGUUCGGAAUGGGAAGCGGGAAUUCAUACGCGUAUGGUGGUCUUUCGAGAUUUCGGCGGGGCGAGGUUUGUGGGGAUUCAGAAAGUCAAUGGGAGGAAUUUGAUGCCUUUGGAUCCUACCKGUGAUGUUAGGAAUGUUAUUGGGUUUGAGAUUGGGAGGGAUGGGGUUCUAAGGCAGAGUGUGGUGGAUUUGACGACGAGUUCUUCUGCGGGUGGCGGGGAUGGUGGUGCGCAGGAUGUUGUUGCCGAACUGGCUGUCAGGGCGCCGGUGUCGAAAGCUGUUGUGAGGAAGAGGGUCUAUGAUGAGAUUGCGGAUUCGGAGGAGGAUGAGGAUGUUGGUGUUGAUGAGUAUGGGUGGGCGGAACGGGAUGAAGAGGAUGUCAUUGUGAUUGAUCCACCCGUUACUACCGAGACUGAGGAGCAGAUCAGGGAUGGCGCACAACCCGAGCCCGAAGUCCUCCAAACCGAGACAUAA